CAGUAAAGUACAGUUACAGUACAGUUACAACCCGUAAAAACCCUGUCCAAUGGAAGUGCCCGAUCCCUUAACUCCUCCGUUGAGAUUUAAUGUAGUACAAGAAAACUUAUACCGAGGAGCAUAUCCCCGAGAGAUAAAUUUCAAGUUUCUUAAAUCACUUCAACUUGAAACUAUAAUAAGUUUAACACCUGAACCGAUAACUCCCGAAACAGAUAUUAAAUUAUAUGAAUUUGCUAUAAAGAAUAAUAUACGACUUAUCCAUUUAGAAUGUAGUCAAUCAGGAAAGGGGAAGAAACGUGGAGUACCAAUGGGGUAUACUACAGUACUUGAAGCAUUAGAUUAUGUUAUACAUAAAAAUCAUUAUCCUAUAUAUAUUCAUUGUUUAAAUGGAGGUCAAGUGACUAGUUUAGUAAUUGCUUGUUUAAGAAAAUUACAAUUUUGGUCAUUAAUAUCAAUAUUUAAUGAAUUCAUUAAUUUUACUACGAGUAUUACUGUUAAUGAUAGAAAUUUUGUAGAAGGAUUUAAGGGACAAAUAAAUAUUAAUCCGGAUAAUAAAGUUGAUUGGUUAUGGGUGGGGAUGAGUAAGGGAGUUAUAGAGAAUCAUCCUAAGAUAAAAGUUACGGAGAUCUAAGGAGUGUGAGUGUUACAGGUAAGUGUUACAGAAAUGUGUGAGUUACAGAAAUGUGUACAAUCUGUGAGUGUACAAUCUG